AUGCCACAUUGUCACGCGACUUCUAACGACCCUGUCCUCCUGGACCUCCAUUCAGUCUGCCGGUGUCUCUACCUGGGCUUCGUGGAUGUGGAAUGGUCGGUGGGCGAUACGGCCGUUGAGCGAGCGGUAGACAGUCUCAUUCCCGAGACCAUACUGGAAUCCGUCACAUGUGACCAAUUGGGCGCCGAGAGUCCGGUUCAGUACACGGAGUGCCAGCUCCAGGUCUCCCCUCAGGAGGGCAUUCUACUCACGGACCUCAAUCGGAAAAUUUUCUUCCAACGACACCUCUCCAGUCCAAGUAUCGUCUUUGUCGGCGUGGAUCCACGUGACAAGAUGUAA